AUGGGAAAUGGAGCUUCUGCCGCGACUGCCAUGGCAGCAUCGGUGUUCAAAAUGCAACAGUCUGACGAAUUGAAGAAUGUCAUUGGUGCUUUGGACACGGACACCUGUUCGACCCUUCAGAAGGCCAUUAAUGAAAAGCUUGGUGGCGAUGGGACUGAGAUGCUCGAGGCCGCUUGGUUGUGGCAGGGCUACGUCGUGAAGUCCAAAUUGGCCACGGUGGGCGUCACUUGCAACUGCAAAGGUAGCCAGCUCUUGAAGGGAGAGGCGAAGUUUGAGAAGGAGGAGGAUAAGGCCAAGGUGGACGAAUUCCUCGAGAAGACGGCGCUCAAGUUCAUGAAAGAACAAGUCACCGCGUUCAGGCCAUUCGUCGGGAUGCCAGAAUCUGCAGCAAAACACUGCGUCUACAUGUGGGACCAUGAUCUGGUGGUGGAGUUUCUGCAGGAAGACAACAUUUGCUAUCGCGCGAUGACCGGAAAGAAGUUGCUGAUGGACAGAUCCCAGUUCAGUGAUGAAGAAUGGGAAAGCACGGAGAAGAGACUCGGCGAGAAGGGCAAGGAAUUCUUCGUGGCGAUGGCGAAGGUUGGUUUGCUCACCUCGGUAAGCGCUGUGCUGCAGAAGGUGAGCUGUGCUUCGAGCUCGAGCUGUCUGAUGGACUUUGUGGGCAUCAGCCAGAGCGAGGACCUUUGCCUCGACCACUCGGAUCGAAAGGGCUUCAAAGGGGCCCUCUCAAAAGGCUUCAAAGCCGUUUGUUUGGAUGUGAAUCAAUGCAUGGCGCUUUGUGAUGCCACGCCGGGUUGCUUCGCCGUGGAGAUGUCACAGGUGGUCAACAGAUGUGAGCUGAAAGGAUCCCAUUGCCUUUUGCAUGAGAAUUGGCGACAGUCGGACGACAGCAAUCUCUUGGUGGUUGGACGGCUUCGCGAAGGACCGGGUGCCAUCGGGACUUCGGAACAUUCUGCCAAUGUGCCGUCCUGCGAAGCCAGCAUGGUGCACCGAUGUCCCAUUGAAUGGGAGUAUGACGGCAACGUGGGUGGCUUUCAUUGCAAUCACAAGCUGCACUAUCAGACUUCAGAAGAGGCAUACCUGAGUUCUGCUGGAGCCUGCCGACCUGCGAGUGCCGGACCCUUUCCAUACGAUGAUUGCAGUGACCAGUGCCGCAUCCAAGGGAAGACAGGAGCAGAGGGCCGUGUGCCAUCUUGCCCUCCAAGUACGGUGUCGCAAUGUCCUGCGGAGUGGAACUGGAAGGGUCCAGGGGGCUUCCAUUGUCUGAGGCAGCUACACUACCAAUACAACACGAAGGCAUUCUUGAGUUCGGACGGAGCCUGCCGACCUGCGAGUGCUGGACCCUUUCCAUACGACGAUUGCAGUGAUCAAUGCCGCAUUGGUGGUGUGAGCGAUGACCACCCUGAAGGUCGCCGUGACCAUAGUGACUAUAGUGGCUUGGAGGUGUUGCUGGAUGCGUCCACUGUGGUGUCAAAGGCUGCAACAGCUUCUGCCAAGGCCCAUCUGGAGCAGUUGACUUCCGCCAUGCAUUUUGGAAUGAUGGACAUCCCAGGUGACGAAGCAGACCUUAGUUACAAAUACAGCAGCAUCUUGCAUGGGCCCACUGCUUAUUGCACUCUCUACUUCGUACCCUUCAAUGCGGACAACGUGGGCAUUUUCGAGACUGCGAGCUGGACCUUUCGCACCGUCGAUAUUUCAUCCUUCGCCCGUGGUGAGUUCAAGUAUUCUUCGGGAGUGCUUUACAACGAAGUGGCAUAUUUCACGCCAUAUGGGGCUGACCACGUGGGAGUGUUCGAUCUAAAGACUGAGCGUUUCGGACGGUUGGGGAUCUCCGCCGGCUCUGAAGAGUGCAAAUACAGCGCCGCGAUUCAACGCGGAUCCAUGGCUUACUUUGUGCCCAGCAGUGCGGAGAACAUAGGCGUCCUGGACAUGGAGUCGAGGAGCUUCAGAACCAUUCCCAUUGGGGCGGGCGCGGGCAAAUGGAAAUACCGUGGAGGAGUACUGCAUGAUGGAAAGUGCUACUUCGCUCCAUACAAUGCGGACAACAUCGGCGUGCUGGAUGUCCAAAGUGAACACUUCCAGACCAUUGAUAUCUCCAGAAGCACGGUCGGGGAUAUGAAGUUUACCGAUGCCUUCGUGCAGAAUGGUGUGAUCUACUUUGUGCCCUUCAACGCCAAUGCUGUGGGCGCCCUGUAUCUCGAGAACCACCACUUCGAACUCGUGAAAAUCCCAAACCUCGCUGCAGAGAAUUACAAGUUUUGGGGUGCGAUCCAGGUGGGCAGCUUGACGUACUUCGUGCCUGACAUGGCAGAUGCUGUGGGCGUUUUCGAAGCAGCCACCAGGGAAUAUGCUCAGGUGGACAUUCGCAGCAAGAUCUCCAUGGAUUUUAAGUUCGCUACUGGCAUCUACUUCAACGGGGUCCUCUACUUUUCACCUAGGAACGCCCGCGGCAUUGGAAUGUUGCAGGUUGGGCGGAUGGAUGCUGACCUUUGCCAAGGGCUGGAGCCGGUCAACAGCCAGGCGGCGUUGCCGAUGGACGUCAUUUGGGAAGACCGCAAGGUCACCAGCAGCCAUCACCAGGAACGUAACCCUGAACAUCACCAUGGUCACCAUGGUCAUCACGAUGGUCAUCACGAUGGUCAUCACCAUGGUCCCCACCAUGGUCCCCACCAUGGUCCCCACCAUGGUACCCACCAUGGUCACCACCACCACCAUGGUGACGAUGAAGCGCUCAGUGCAACUUCAGCCGAAAUCUAUGCUGAACCAAGGCCUUCGUGGGCUAUGGCAGAGGAGCAGAGAGCUGGAAAGACUCACGGGGUGCGGGAUGUAUUCAUUGCUUUGGCCUCGAUUGGUUUGGUGUUGCUUCCAGCGGAGCUCUCCCGUGAAAAGUGGGAUGGGAAGAUCAACGACGGUUCUUUGUCAUUCUUGCGAAGUCUCGUUGUCAGCACGAUUUGUGCUGUGUGCUUCUUCGUGCUGCGGAGUCUUUUUGCUGGCGGCGCUGUGCCGUUCUGGGUACAGGUAGCACCAGCCAUCUUCUUCUUCCUGGUCCUGUGGCUUCUUUUUCAGGCCAGCCUUUUCUUGAAGCCCUAUGACCGGAGGACCGCCCGUUUGGAUAUCGUGGAGAUUUUGGGUUUCUCCACCGGCUUGGCGGGUGUAGAUGCCGGUGGAGCUUACCUGCGAUGCUUUGACAACAGCUGCAUGGAGGCUGCGGCAGCGCUGAUGUUUUACCAAAUGCUCCUGCUGGCGCUUGAUGGACUGGUAGGCUGGUGGGCCAAGAUGAAUCGCGUUCCCCGGGCGGAUCAUCGUUCAACGCUGCUGGCACCACCGGCUUUGCUGUCUGUGGAGGUCCUGACCUUCGGCUUGCUGGGUGAGUUUGGCCCAGAGAUUCUGCUGAAUCGUCUUGGUGUCGUGCAGGAUGGUUUGGCACCAGGAGAAACCGCACCAUUCCGUUUGGUGCUGGUACUCUACGCCCUCAGUUGCAUCGUUUUUGCUGCCUCCCAGUGGCUGGAACACCGCAAGGCCCAUGAGAGCCAUCAGGUGGCUUCCCUAAGUGCCUGCUGGGCUGCCAUUCGGGCCUCGCAGUGGCUGGGGAAGCUGCUGCUUUUCCCGAACCAAGGAGCGCAGCUGCUCUUGUGUGUCUCCUUGACCGCCCUGAUGGCGCAGCUCUUGAGUGUUGAGCUGCCUGACAGGACUGAUAGCAGGUCGGCGACGGUCCCAGUCACUACUAGUAGUUUGCCAAAGCCUUUGGGAAUAGCCGUGGGCCUUCUAUGGGCAUCCUCCAUCGUUCGCUCGAGCUGGUUGCUGGUGAUUGUGACGGUUCCACAGCGAGUCGUCUACGCCCAGGUGCACUUCAUGGCGGUGUGGCUGGUGCUGAGUUUGUUGGUGGCUGCAGCCAUGUUCUACAUCAAAGCGCGGUCGCCUCGUCCAGGCUAUGCCUCGGUGUCCCCAGCGUCGCCGCUGCGGCGCCAGGGCGCCAUGGAUUUGCCCAGCUACGAACGCCAGGGAGCAGUGGAUCUGCCGCCCAUGUACACGCGCCAGGGGGCAGCAGAUCUUAGUGAUGCUUCCCCCUCGAGCUUGGCUGCUCAAUCCGUUGUCAUGGUUCGGACGAGGAUCUGCAGCCGCGACACCGGCUGCGACUAACCAGGCAGACAAUGCAAGCGACUCCAAGGUGGAUGAUGCAAGCAAUUCCAAGGUGAACGAUGCAGGCGACGCAAGAGACGAUGAUACCAACUCUGGCCGCACAGAUGACACUGGAAGAAGGAAUCCCGACGAUCAUCACGACCAUCACAACCAUCAAGGCCAUCACGACCACGACCACAACCACCACGACCACCAUCAUGACCACCAUCAUGACCACCAUCAUGACCACCAUCACGACCAGCAUGACCAUCACGAUGUGAGUCGGAGAGAGGUUCAUGAUGAUAGCGACAACAAGCCUGAAUUGGCCCGGUAGCUGCCUGGUCCACCGGGACAACAGAGCCUUCUAUAGCUGAGCUUUUUAAUGGCUGCUGUGAUCAUGGAAACAGGGUUGGGUAUGAGUUAAUAGCUGCAAUGCGAAAAAGGCCGAGUUGGGGAAAACGCCCAAGUCGGUGAAGGGCUGGGCAGCUGGGCACGAGAUUUCAAGGAAGUAAUACACUUCCAGAGCGCAAAGAAGCAUCUCCAAUAGCUGACCGAUCAGUGCUCAAGAAGAGCUGCUGAAAAGAGAAAACAAUAGAGUGAAGCUGCCAGAUUUGGUGUGAGGCGCACAUCGCAAAA